AUGUCGUUCCGCCGUUCGUCCAAGAUUGCUCAUCCCGACUGGCUGUUCAAAGCCGUCGCGGAGUAUCGGGAUCUUGUGCCCGUGCAGAUCCUGGUGACCGCCGAUUUCGACCGCGCAGCCGUGUCGGAUGGCACCGCCGGCUGUCACUUCAAGGACCAAGCCUUUGUCAGGCCGUCCAUUGACGCCCGCGAGCUGCUUGGACCGUUCCUGGAUACCACUGUCGUCAAUAUCGCAAAGUGCAAUGAUAUCAUUGCAUGCAUGAGCGAUAAGGGCUAUGUUAUCCCCGAUCAGGCCGAGACUUACUUCAAGCAUGUCCUUCGGCAUCUACGCAAGGUUCGCGAGGCAGCUGAUAAGGGCAGGCUCAAUCUUCUGGCAGACUGCAUUGCCCUCCACGAUGGAGAUGACUGGGUCGAUACGCCCUUCGGAAAAGGGAUUCUGGUCCGAGCCCGCAGACCGGUCUCUGGUAAGGCUGUGAGGGAAGCCACAAUUCAGCAACACCUUAUCGAGGAUGCUGAGCGGGCUCAUCCCGUUGCUAAACCCGGCUAUGAAGGAGAGUUGGGUAGAUUGAUUCGAGUCAGGCGCUCGAAGGAUCAUAUUCCCAUCAUCGCUUUCGCCGCGAUGACCCUCCAAGCGGUCCACGACAGCUUCAAAAACUCGGACGUCACCUUGUUGAUGCUCACACGCAUACAAGUCGAAGGCAGCGGAAACACUGCAACCACGUCGCUCAGACAUGUUCACUAUGUCUACUUUAAGCAUACCGAAGGCAGAUACGAAUGGUUGAAAAAUCCGACGAUUUCUGACAAGCUCGCUGUCGGCCAGACUUUCGAGGGCGAAAGUAAGGUCCUCGUCGGCCAAGUGGGGGUCGGACUUUGCUCAGGCGACGAUCGAGCCUGGCUCGACUACAUCAAAGCCAACUUCGGUUUGCUGGUGCUGCAGUAUGCCUUUUGUCAUAAGCAGUUCCCAUUCGAUGAUUUCACCAAGGACGACCUUCAUGUGCUACUCGAGAAAGUCUCACGUCGCUCUGCUGCGGGGCUCACGAGAGACAAAGCUGACCGCCUGCUGAACAGCUUUGACUUCAGAGGCGAAACCGCCAAUCCGCAGCUCAUAGAUCUCUUCGCAGCGGCAACAUUCGAUCGUCCGGGAUUCGGCAUGGGUACCGCCAAAUACAUCGAGACCAUCCGUGAGAAUGUGGCCUUCCUCGAGACCCCGGAACCGGUCGGUCUCAACUUUCAUCACAUUCUUACCGGAACCGGACAGCAGAUGGAGCAGCGCGCCGCCAGGAUCAAUGCGGCCCACGCAAAGGCUCCAGAAUCGGGCUUCGGCGUUCGCUACUUCGUUGCUGGUAAAUGCGCCGUCCCGAUCCGUGUCGGCAAAUACUUUGAUCAGGCCCUCAGUGAGCACGAUGAGGACCGGCCCGCGUCUCCCGCCGACAUCCGCAACAUCAGUCAGAUCGGCGAGACGAAUUUCUUUGUGCGAAGAUAA